AUGACUUCAAGAUUAAGCUCGCGACAUGCUCGCAUGGUUGCUAUAGGCCUUGUUGCCUCAGCCUCCCUUGCCAUUGCUGGGCCUUGCGACCUUUAUGCUUCCGGAGAUACCCCCUGUGUUGCAGCUCACAGUACUACUCGGGCUUUAUACAGUGCCUACAAAGGCUCCCUUUACCAAGUUGAGCGUGCCUCCGACUCUACCACUCUGAACAUUGCACCGCUUUCCGCCGGCGGUGUUGCAAAUGCCGCAGCCCAAGACACCUUCUGUGAGAACACAACCUGUCUCAUUACCAUCAUUUAUGAUCAAUCUGGCCAAGGCAAUCAUCUCACCCAAGCACCACCCGGAGGCUUUUCUGGACCAGAGUCCAAUGGAUAUGACAAUCUAGCUGGCGCCAUCGGCGCACCCGUGACUCUGAACGGACAAAAGGCAUAUGGUGUUUUCGUGUCCCCUGGCACUGGGUACCGCAACAAUGACGCGAGCGCCACGGCUACCGGGGAUGAAGCGGAGGGAAUGUAUGCAGUUCUCGACGGCACCCACUACAACAGUGCAUGCUGCUUUGACUACGGCAAUGCUGAGACUAGCAGUACGGAUACAGGUGACGCACACAUGGAAGCUAUCUACUUCGGUGACAGCACUGUGUGGGGAUACGGCGCUGGGAAUGGGCCUUGGGUUAUGGCUGAUCUUGAGAAUGGUCUAUUCUCCGGCGUAAGCGCCACCAGCAAUACUGCUGAUCCAUCCAUUUCUUCUCGAUUCCUUACCGCCAUGGUCAAGGGUGAGUCAAACGAGUGGGCAAUUCGGGGUGGAAAUGCCGCAUCUGGCUCCCUUUCCACAUACUACAGUGGAGUGCGACCAAGCGGUUAUAACCCAAUGAAGAAAGAGGGUGCCAUCAUCCUUGGUAUUGGCGGCGAUAACAGCAACGGUGCCCAAGGCACAUUCUACGAGGGUGUGAUGACCUCAGGUUACCCAUCCGAUUCUACUGAAGCCUCGGUACAAGCUAAUAUUGUCGCUGCCAAGUAUGCGAUCACAUCACUUACCAGUGGCCCGUCUCUCACUGCCGGAAAAUCAAUCUCGCUCCAGGCCACUACCUCCGGCUACACUGAUCGCUACAUUGCCCACACCGGGACGACCGUUAAUACUCAAGUCGUUUCUUCGUCCAGCUCAACCACCCUCAAGCAGCAGGCUAGUUGGACUGUUACAACAGGUCUUGCUAACAGCGCUUGUUUCUCAUUUGAGUCUGUUGAUACACCUGGAAGCUACAUCAGACACUAUAACUUUGCAUUACUGCUCAAUGCCAACGAUGGUACAAAGCAGUUCUACGAGGAUGCUACCUUCUGUCCACUGAGUGGGUUGGAUGGUGAAAGUACCACUAACUCACUUCGAUCCUGGAGCUAUCCUACUCGCUACUUCCGCCACUACGAAAACGUGCUUUACGCUGCAAGUAAUGGUGGGGUUCAAGCAUUUGAUGCCACGGCAUCUUUUACCGACGAUGUGAGCUGGCUGAUCAGCACUGGCUUUGCCUAA